CCGGACCGUUUGUGUCCCGGAACGUUUCUCCGCAGCCGCGGUUCCCGCCCGGAGCGGGAGCAGCGGGAAAAUGGCGGCGCCCACGAGCGGCGGCAGCCGCGGUUUCGAGCCCGGCGCGGCUCCGUACGGGAACUUCCCCAACUAUUCCCGGUUCCACCCGCCCGAGGGCCGCCUCUGCCUCCUGCCCCGCGGGCUCCUGCGCAGCCUCUUCCCCGCAGCCACCCGCCCGCUGCUCGGCCUCGACGUGGGCUGCAACUCCGGGGAGCUGAGUGUGGCUCUGUACCAGCACCUGCUGGGGCUGCAGGACGGCGAGCGCGGCGCCGAGGGAGCAGGGAAGGAGCUGCGGCUGCUGUGCUGCGACAUCGACCCCGAGCUGGUCCGCAGGGCGCAGCAGAGCAGCCCCUUCCCCGGCUGCAUCUCCUUCGCAGCCCUGGACAUCAUGGACGGGGCGGCGCGGGAGGCGCUGCUGGGCCCCUUCCUGCGGCGCUUCGGCCGCUCGCGCUUCGACCUGGCCUUCUGCAUGUCGGUGACCAUGUGGGUGCACCUGCGCCACGGGGACGGGGGGCUGCGGGCGCUGCUGGCGCUGCUGGCCUCGCUCAGCCGCGUGCUGCUGCUGGAGCCGCAGCCCUGGCGCUGCUACCGCGCGGCCGCGCGCCGCCUGCGCCGCCUGGGCCGCCACGACUUCCAGCACUUCCGCUCGCUCGGCAUCAGGGGCGACAUGGCCCAGAGCGUCACCCGCAUCCUGACCCAGCAGUGCGCCAUGGAGCUGCUCUGCUGCUUCGGCACCACCGCCUGGGACCGCAGCCUGCUGCUCUUCGGCUCCACCGCGGACCCCCCUGAGGGGCGCUGCGGGCCUGGGGCGGCGCUGGGGGAGCGGCACAGCCCCGGGGGUGAGGAUGAGGAAUGUCACAGCCCUGGGGGUGAGAGAUGUCACAGCCCUGGGGGUGAGGAUGAGGAAUGUCACAGCCCUGGGGGUGAGGAUGAGGAACAGCACAGCCCUGGGGGUGAGAGAUGUCACAGCCCUGGGGCUGGGAAUGAGGAACAGCACAGCCCUGGGGCUGCCCCUGAGGGAUGUCACAGCCCUGGGGAUGGGGAAUGUCACAGCCCUGGGGAUGAGGAAUGUCACAGCUCUGGGGAUGCCCUUGGGGAGCAGCACAGCCCUGGGGAUGAGGGUGAGGAACAGCACAGCCCUGGGGCUGGGGAUGAGGGAUGUCAAAGCUCUGGGGCUGCCCCUGAGCAAUGUCACAGCCCUGGGACUCCCCCUGGGGAAUAUCACAGCCCUGGGGCUGCCCCUGAGGGAUAUCACAGCCCUGGGGCUGGGGGUGAGGAGGGAGAGCUGGGGAUUCCUGAAUCCCUGUUAGAAUCAGGCCUUAACCUCCUGGGGGAAUCCAAGGCAAGGAAUGGCUGUGACUGAUUUUUUGGGACACUUUUAACGUGUUUUCUGGGCUGCAAGGAAGUGCUCCUGGAAUCCAGGUUCCUACAUGUGCUUUCCGUGUGUAUCAGGAAUAUUCCCUGGAAUGACAGGGAAUGUGCCCAAGGAAAUGUAGAAUGUCCUGACUGCAAUGGCCUCACGAGGGUUAUCCAGUCCAGCUCCUGGCCCUUCACAGGACUUAACAAAAAAAUCCAUUACUCCCAAAAUCCUAAUGCCCAAAUGACCCAGAACUGCUGGAAUAUCCAGAGCUGAAAGGGUCCUGUGAGGAUGACAGAGUCAUGGAACAGCUGGAGUUGGAAGGGACUCACUGGAUCAUGGAGUCCAGCUCCUGGCCCUGCACAGGACAUACAAAACAAUCCCAUUACUCCCAAAUUUCCCAGAACUGCUGGAAUAUCCAGAGCUGGAAGGGUCCUGUGAGGAUCACAGUCACAGAACAUCCAGAAUUGGAAGGGACUCACCUGGAUCAUGGAGUCCAGCUCCUGGCCCUGCACUGGCCAUCCCAAAAUCCCACCCAGUGCCUGAGGGUGUUGUCCAAGCACUCCAGAAUUAUGGAAUAACCAGAGCUGACAGGGACCCCCAAGGACCACAGAGUUUGGAGGGGACCCCCAAGGAUCAUCAAGUGCAAGUGCUGCCCCAGGACAGCCCACAGUCCCACUGGCCCCAACAUCCCAGCAGCCUGAGCUCUGAUUCCUGGGCUGUCACGGUUCCCUGGGAGCUGCUCCAGGGCCUGACCCCUCUGCAGGAGGAACCUUUCCCCAAAUUCCUCCCAGAGCUCCCCUCAGGGCUGGGGUGAGGCUGCAGGACAAUCCUGCCCUGGCUCAGCUCUCCUGGGACAGGGGCUCAUCCCUAAGGGUGAGUGCCUUGAGAAUAAAGUCCUUGGAAUAAAAAUCACUGAAUGCUAUCCUGA